AUGACCGUUGAGGCGCAGAGCACAACCAGCGGUUUUCUGGCACAAUGGGCAGCGUUUGUUGCACCGUUUUGCGCACCGCGUACCACGCCGCAAGGUCGGGGCUGGCGUCCAGUGGCCUUGCGGCCACCGUACCUCCUCUCUCUCGUGUGCCUGCUGCUUUUGAUGCUUCUGACGCUGGAAGGCCUUCGGCAGUAUAGCAUUCGGCAGGGUGGCCUCGUCUUCUUCAGUGACACAAGCGACGUUUCCUAUCUUCAGUCGUUCGCAUACAACUGUGGUCCCAUCAUUGUAGCCCUUCUACUGGUGAUGGUCUGGACUGUCACUGAUUUCGAUGUGUUGCGCCUGGAGCCCUAUUUUCAAUUGUCAUUGCCGCAGGGUGCCCCCGCCACGGUCUUGUUUAUCAACUACAAUUUCGGCCAAACUAUUCUGACGCCGAUCAAUGCAGCCCGUCGUCGACAUUGGGUGGUCCUCUGGGUAUCCAUCAUGACUUUGUCAAUCCGUUUGAUUCUGCCGGCUUUGCAAAGUUCUGUCUUCGAGUUGCGAGAAGUGACCACCAAGACUCAAGUGUCGAUGAGGAGCUGGCCCGAGCUGGUAGACUUAGAGACGCAAGCCUCGUGGAUGUUGACCCAAGCAAACAACACCGUGGACUCCGUGCUUCCCUCCGAGGAGCAAGCGCGUCGAUCACGGUCCGUGGAGUAUGCGAUCGCUCCAGUGGAAAUACCGAGUAAUUUCCAUGAAAGUGAUUCCACGCUUUGGGUGCUGGACCAAGAGGUCUACUGGGCGCAAGUUGCUUGCCAGACCAUAUCGCUGGAUAACAAGUUGUCCGUCACGGUCAAUCCUUCUGCCCAAGGCUGGCCGAGUGUCUCUUGGAAUGCUGCGGGGGUUGACACGGGCGAUUUGUAUGGUCAUACGAGGUCAUGCAAAAUGGAUUUUUCGUAUGACAGUGUCUUUUUUCCGGCGACGGAUUAUUUGCAAGUGCGUUACUGGGAGCCCGCGAUCGAUCCGGACAUCUUUUCGACGGAAAACAAAAAGCCACGUGCCUUCACCCUUACUGGAUGUGAUCCUCAAGACAUCUACGGCGUGAUCAUUGAAACAAAUGCCACCAAAGGAGAUCCCGCAACUGACACGGACGCUCCCUACGUUGCCUCUGGCGUAGGUUUCGCCUGCGACAUUACUUAUCACAAGGCUCAAGCUCGCGUUUCCAUGCAUUCGAACAGUUCUAUUGAGAGUCUCCAGAUUAAUCCCGCCACCGCCCGGAAACUGACCGAUGCGGAGUUUAACAUGGAGCAUUUCCACGCCUUGCUAUCACAAAGGGCUCCGUAUACCAGCGACAUGAUCUUCAUUAGAGAGAACGAGACCACAGGUGGUCGAACCAUCACGGAGCUUCCUGUUAUCAGUCAGGAGAUUGGUGAAAUGCAGCCAUUCCUGGUGCUCGAUACAACGACCCUGAUGACAGAACUAGAGUUUGAGUCGAAAAUUACGCGUGAUGUAGAACAAACCUUUGUCUUGACCCUCGGUCGAUUGUUCGACCCUGAGAAGCGUCCCGCCGUGGCUUCCGGAGUCAGACUUACCACGCAAGUCGCUAUUGCCGUGGUGCAAUUUGCGGCUAUUUGGUCUGAAUUGAUAUUGGCCACGGUAGCAUUCACGACACUUUACCUUCUUUUUCUCUACCGAUCACGCCGAACCUUCCUUCAAAGUGAUCCCGGAUCUAUUGGGGCCAUGUGCAGCAUCGCUUCCGAUCUCUUCCACCGUGACAACGUUCUGAGUGAGCCUGGCAUCGACUUUCACCAAUUCUCCACACGCCAGAUGCGCCGAAUAUUCAAAAAGGCCCGAUGUUACUGGCGAUCGGACGGCUCGGGAAAUAAAUUGGACAUACUCGCUGAGGAUGGCUCGCCUAUUCAGCUCGGAGAGGACCUCCGUGUUCAUGUCGACCCGAUGCCCCAUUUUCUGGUUAUUCCUUUCUUCAUCGUUGAAUUCCUACUUCUUGCGGCGGUCAUCAUCCUUAUGUCGCUCGUAGUGUCGUCGCUCGCUCGAAAUGGCCGUUUCAAACACUUGACCCAAAGUGAUUCAUCUACCCUGCAAGUUGUCCUGUCAUUUUUGCCCUCGGUGGUUGCCUCUUCCGUUGGCUCCCUGUGCACGUCCAUUCAUCGAAAUCUGAGUGUGCUUGAGCCAUGGGUUCACUUACAGCGUGGUGCAGCUUCGGCGAAGACAUCUCUUUCUUUGAACUAUGCGUCACAAAGUCCCUUUGUCGUCUUGCUCAAAUCUAUCCGAGAUCGACAUUUAUUGCUGGGACUCGUCUCUUUCGCCUGCGUGGUCAAUAUGGCCCUCACUGUGGUUGCGGGUGCUUUGUUCACGCAAGAGAUGACAACCUCCACUCUCCCGACCCAAGACGUGAAAGCAAACUACAGUCACUCCAUAUUCUGGCGGACCGACUUUGCCGCAGAAUUCACUGAAUACGACUUGAUUCAGACGAGUAUUACUAGCGGGGUUCCCAUGCUCUCUUGGACUAGUCCGAAUCAGUCAUUCAUUCCGCUGGAUAUCCAGCAGCGGAAUCCGGAUGUGAUGUACGCGGCGACAACACUUGGUGUCGGUUCGCAUUUGAAAUGUUCUCAACUUUCGCCCACAGACAGUCUGGUUUUCAACACAACAGCCGGCCGCCAGUACUGGCAAUAUACUAUGUUUGAGAACUCGUCGCAAGAGUGUGUUGCCGCCAUGCCUGUCAUUAAGGACAAGAACGAAGGGAUUGAUCUGUCCAUACAAUUCCUAUCAGCAAGCGACACUGGGCAUUCAGACAUCUGUCAGACUUCAACGGUUGUAGUUGUUGGACGCUGGAACUAUGUGGCCAGCAGCCCGGUGACCCCGAAUAACACAAUCGCCCUACAUUGUGAGCCACAUGUUCUUCUGCAGAAUUAUACUGUCUCUUUUGACCAAAAGGGGCAGAUUGAUCAUCAUUAUCCGUUGCCAAAAUCUUCCGUAACAAGCGGUGAGAUGUACGAUAAUGCGACGGUGAGCUUGGGACAAUUCAACAAGGUAUUUGUCGCCAUUCCUGAAAAUUUUACCGGCAAUACCACUGCCACCCAGUCGAAGAGUUUCAACGUUUCGUCUUACGAUUGGGCCGGUUUUCUUGUCGCGCGCCUGUAUCGGCGCGCAGAUCCAACAUUCGACUCCCUUGAUGCAGAUCGAUUUACCGAUCUCACGCAAGCUGUUUAUCAGUGGGUGUACGCCACGUACUUUUCGAUAUGGCAUGAGAUAUAUCUCCAACCUCUGCCAGAGCCUCAAACUGCAGCCAAUGCAACAGUCACACAAAGUACCUGGGGGAUGGUGCCAUCUGUGCCAGCGAUCGCACUUGCCUUUAUCAUCAUUAUCUUUGACACUCUAGUUGUCUUGAUCGUCUUCGGCACUAGACACGGCCGAUUCAGGGCUCCGCGGAUGCCACGAUCCAUCGGUGCCAUCAUACCUUGGAUCGCCCAUAGUCGCAUGCUCGGUGACUUCACCAAUACCCACUCCUGGACUAAUCAGCAGCGCCAUGACUAUCUCAGUUCUCUAAGCAAGAGAUAUUCUUUUCGUCAGUUCGCUGGCGUUGACGGACGUUUGCGCUUUGCUGUAGACGAGGAACCCCCAAACAUCAUCAAACCCCCGACUUCCCCACCUCCACCCACUCAGCAAGACGACGAAGAAACGGGAUCGGAGCCGUGGAAAGCGACUUCGAUCCAACUACGAGAAUUGUCGCCGCAGGGAUCUCGACCGCGGCAUUCAACUCAUUCAUGA